AUGUCAGGCUACUACGUUGGACCAUUCGGUCGUAUGUUACCCAUCGCAGGUGGUCCGUCGUCGGAGCAGCCCCCGGAGUGUCGAGCUAAUCAAUCAGAACCCGGGGAUAACCCAUACCAGCUUCCUCCUCCGCGAACUCCAGCAAAUUUGCAAUUUGGAUCAGACCCUUUUCUACGACGUCAGUCGGCCGAUAAAGCAGAACCAGCCAGGGGUACAGCUUCAGCAGAGCCUCAGCGGCAAAGAACCGAACAGCUUCCGUCUGUGAGGUCGCUAUUGACGCCGGCCUCUGGCCCAAGUUCACCGCCACCAUAUCAUCCACAAACCUAUGGGACUCCCACACCAAUUGAUCCACACCGCGAAUUAUCAUACCCCUAUCGCCAUCAUGAUUCAACACUUCCCCCUCCGCCAAUUGGUGGGCAAGAUAGACGUCGAUCGGAGUCUUUGCCACAUUCUCAAUCUGCGAGCCUUCCACCACUCUCCCACGUGGCUAUGCCCAGCCCUCGAGAUAUGAAUCAUCAUCACGCAACAACACGAAGCGAUCCCUCCACAGCUACAAUGUCACAUGCACAAUUACCCCCUCACGGUGCUUCAUACCACGAUCCAGCCACUGCAGGAGAAAUUUCCUCACCCGAAAGCAUAAGCCGGCCAAAUCCGCCUGCAGUACUUCCACAUGUGGUUGACGAACGAUACAUCGAUGGCGAGCUUUGCUUUGUCUACGCCGAUGGAUCCCAUCAGCCGAAGAUCGUCGAUGGAAAACCCGUCAAUCCGAAUUGGGGCGUCACAAAGGCAGGAAAGCCUCGGAAACGACUCGCACAAGCCUGUUUGACCUGCCGCGAAAAGAAGAUCAAAUGCCAACCGAACCGCCCCAAAUGUGACCAGUGUCAAAAGUCUGGAAGGGAAUGCAGGUUUGAGAACGCGCUCCGUGGGAAUCGCUCGAGAGGCUCACACUCAGCCGGGCCAACAAAUCUAAAUGCAGACGUCUCUGGCUCGAUCUAUAACAUCGCUCGUGCUUCUGAUAGUGGAGCAUCACUUCCGGGAAGUGGUCAUUCACCAAUGUCAGAGAGCACGGGGUUGACACCCUCCGGCAUGGAAAGUGCCCACGACCCCAUGGUAGAUGCGGAUCGGGCAUACCGACAGCGAGCCUACCGAAUCCCUCGCCCUUUUGGAGACGAGAGCCUUGUUCGACAGGUCGAAUAUACCGAGGCCAAUCGACUCCCCGAGUACUCGGAGAUUUUGGGUGAAUUGAGGGAUACCAACUCCGAAGACCCCCUGGUGGGCUCUUGGAAUGUCGACCCAUUUGACCACGACCCGGAAAUGACUUUGCAUUACGUUGAAACCUAUUUCUCAAACGUUAAUGAUGGAUUAUAUCACAUUUUCCCCCAUGCUCGAUUCAUUUUGUGGCUAAAGUCCUGCGACACGAAGUCCCCUGAGGAUAAAAUGAUGCUUUAUUCAAUGAUGGCACUGGGUUCUAUUUUCUCCGAUCGACCUGACAGAGUUACUGCAUUGAGGCGUUAUUCUCGCAUUGCUCGGUUUGCUAUUCAGAGGAGCCAGCAUAAUCUGUCUCUUCAGCUUGCUCAGAGUCACCUCAUGAUGAGUUUGUUGUACUACGCUGCUGGUUUGUUGGCGGGAUCUUGGGACUCGAUUGGAGCUGCCGGACGGGCUGUUUGUGGACUGAGGUUCAAUAUCGAGUCUGGAGGUGUGAUUGUGAGCCAGAACCAGGCGUGCGAAUACGGGUUACACCCGCAGGCACUGAUCGAGUGUCGUCGCCGGACGUUCUGGGUCGCUUUCAUCUUGGAUCGAGUUUCAUCUUUCUUCUCUGCCACGUCAACGUCUAUCUCUUCGAAUUCGGCUUUGAUUCGACUCCCCUGCCGAGAAGACAUCUACGAGGUCCAGCAAUAUGCGACUGCACCGUACUUCCAAACCGUCCUCAACCAAGCUUCAGUCUCCACUGAUGACGACCGGUCUACCCUCAGCCCCAUGGCCUUUGUGAUCCAGAUUCUUUCUAUCUGGGGCGACGUCUCCUUCCAGGCUUUCCGCCUCUCUCAUACGCCGUCUGAAAGCUGGGCACAACUUGCCGAGGAAUUCCAUACGAACAUUAUUCGGCGGACAGACGACUGGAUCAACCGACUACCCGGACACCUCUCCUUCUCCGUUGCCAAUAUGGAUCGUGCUAGUCAAGUCAAAAAAAUGGAUGCCUUUGUUGCAAUUCACAUGUUCUACCACGCCACGUUGAUGAAGUUGUACAGACACGCACGAUAUCAAAGUUUACGCUCCGAAGUGCUGAUCCAGUAUAUCCAUCGCGCCCGAUACCACGCGGUUGAAACGCUCAGAAUCGCACUGGCCGUUGUCCAAUACGCGCAUGACGUCCAGGCUUCUCGCUCUACAGCUGAUCCCUCCUCGCCCAACGUGACACUCCUCAGUCCCUUCUUGGGGUAUGUGGUCCUUUCUGCGGUGGAUGUGCUCAGUGCAGGAGGAAUGGUCGCCGAAUUGCCAGACUGUAUCUCGUUCAUCAAUGGCGCAUACGGCAUGGUUCAACUGUUGGGUCGCCACUGGGAUAGCUCUAUUAGUCUGGCAAACCUCAUCAAGAAACGACUCGACUCGAUGAUAGACUGCGCCAAUGACCGAUCUCGCACUCAGGACAAGAUUUGUUUUGCUGUGGAUGGUCCUUCACUUGAGACCAAGGUGCCUGCUGGAACUCCUCCUCAGCCACCGGGUACACUCGACGAAGACCUCUUCUAUGGAUCUCUGCCGCGGGAUAUCCUCCUGCGUGCUAUGAGAGCCGACGAGACUCAGUUAUCGGACAAGAAUAUCGCAUGGCUGAAAGAUCGCUGA